AAAUUGGGUUUCAUCAUCCCUUAAAAAAUAAACCCCCACGAAGCUCCCACUCUUCUGCACAUCAUGCACCAAACGCUAUAGACACAUGUCAAUUUGAUGCUCAUGGUCAUGGUGGCCAGAUUCAGAUUUUCAAUUCAGACAGGGUGGAACCAUUUGACUUUUGGUGUCGCUGCCUACUACGUUCAACUGCUCUAAUUCUUCGAUACAUCACAGGAACAUAGAAACAACUCGGAAAAACCCUACACCGAUCAUCAACAUCUCUGAUUUCUUCAAAAGUUGACAUUUUAUUUCUGCUGUAUUGGCAUUAUGCCGAUCAAAUCCAGGAUUUAGGGUUCUUUAUUAAACCCCCGAUAAUCAAGCAAUGGGUUGGAAAAAUCCAUUUAAAGAUGUGGCGAACUCAAAGCCAUUGUUCUUGACGGUUUAUGGUACUGUAUUGAUCGGAAUCGUCUUCUCUGCUAUUUAUGUCUUCUCCGCCGUUUACUCUCCUGAGUCCGCCUUCUCAUGGAGCCUAUCACAACAUGUGGCACCUUCUUCCCCAAAUCAAACAUUUGAUUCAUCUUCUUCACUGAGAGUGGGUGGUGGUGUAAUGGCACCGAUGCCUCAGCCUCAAAACGGGAAACUAAACCCUAUUUGGAAACCUCCCCCAUCGGAUUCAAAGAUGCCCCCAUUGGAGACAUUUCGUUUAACAAAAGAAUUGGUUCAAGAAAGAGUGAAAGAUAACGUUAUAAUAGCAACAUUUGGUAACUAUGCCUUCAUGGAUUUCAUCCUCACAUGGGUUAAACACUUGACAGAUUUGGGCGUUGAGAAUCUUCUUGUUGGUGCAAUGGACACAAAACUAUUGGAGGCUUUGUAUUGGAAAGGUGUCCCGGUUUUUGACAUGGGAAGUCAUAUGAGCACAAUAGAUGUUGGAUGGGGUUCACCAACAUUUCAUAAAAUGGGAAGAGAAAAAGUCAUUCUCAUUGAUUCAAUGUUACCUUUUGGUUAUGAAUUACUCAUGUGUGACACCGACAUGGUUUGGUUGAAGAAUCCACUUCCGUAUCUUGCACGUUAUCCUGAAGCAGAUGUGUUGACUUCAACCGAUCAAGUCACACCAACGGUUUCUGAUGACCGAUUAGACAUCUGGCAACAAGUUGGGGGUGCAUACAAUAUAGGUAUCUUCCAUUGGAGACCAACAGAAUCUGCAAAAAAAUUGGCAAAAGAAUGGAAAGAGAUGCUUUUAGCAGAUGAUAAAAUAUGGGAUCAAAAUGGUUUCAAUGAUCUUGUGCAUAGGCAAUUAGGGCCUUCUGUUGAUGAUGAAAGUGGACUUGUUUAUGCUUAUGAUGGAAGUUUAAAGCUUGGACUUCUUCCUGCAACUAUAUUUUGUAGUGGGCAUACUUAUUUUGUUCAAGCUAUGUAUCAACAACUGAGGUUGGAGGCGUAUGCUGUGCAUACCACAUUUCAAUAUGCAGGAACUGAAGGAAAGCGUCAUAGGUUACGUGAAGCUAUGGUGUUCUAUGAUCCACCAGAAUAUUUUGACUCACCAGGAGGGUUUUUGGCAUUCAAACCAUCCAUUCCAAAAAGCUUGUUACUUGAUGGGGAACAUAAUCUUGAAACUCAUUUCACUCUUGUUAAUUAUCAAAUGAAGCAAAUAAGGAAUGCCCUUGCCAUAGCAUCAAUUUUAAAUCGUACACUGGUUAUGCCUCCAUUAUGGUGUAGGUUGGAUAGAUUAUGGUUUCCACAUCCUGGAGUUCUCAUAGGGUCAAUGACAAGACAACCCUUCAUCUGCCCUUUGGAUCAUGUAUUUGAGGUUAACACCAUGUUAAAGGCAAUGCCUGAAGAGGAAUUUGGGCCUGGAAUCAACAUAAGAGAGUAUUCUUUCUUAGAUAAUCCAUUGAUGCCUGCAAAGGUGAAGGAUUCAUGGCUCAAUGUACAACUAUGCCAACAAGGAUCGGAAAAUUGCCAAUCAAACAUUACAAACACAGCAGGAGUACUCAGAUUUCCCAGACACAGUAACGAAGAAACUUUGAAAACGGUGUUCUCGCCAUUGAAGGAUGUGAAAGUAAUCCAGUUUUCAUCGAUGCAAGAUGCCUUCGAAGGAUUCACUGACAAGAUUAGGGAAGAAAAAUUCAGGAAGCGAGUGAAGCGAUAUGUUGGAAUCUGGUGUUGUGUUGACAGUCAUACGCCGGGUCACAUAUAUUACGACAUGUAUUGGGAUGAGAAACCCGAUUGGAAGCCUCUCCCUCCUCAAACCCCAGAAGACGAUCAUCCUCAUUGGUGAAUGGUGAUCCAUCCAUGUUUAUAGAUAGAGAACUUUCAUGUAUACACAGAGGGAAGGGUGAUCGUGAUCGAAUGAUUGAUUGAUUAUUGGGGAUCGGUUUUGAACAGUAAUGUUAUAGUAAUUUGUAGCCUUCUGGAUUUGAUCUUCUAUAUUGUCCGAUAAUUUAAGGGAUAUUCAUAAUCAUAUCAUAA